GCGAACGAGUUGGCAGCGUCGAUCCGCGGGCGCCUCUCGGUGGACGACGUGCAAGCGGUGGUGGGCGCAGCAGUGGGCAACGCGCAGGCGGAGCUGGCGGACGAAUUGGCAGCGUCGAUCCGCGGGCGGCUCUCAGUCGAUAACAUUCAAGCAGUGGUGGGCGCGGCAGUGGGCAACGUGCAGGCGGAGCUGGUGCGCGCGCGCAGGCGGACGAAGCAGCUGCUGUCGCAGCUGGAGAUCAAAGACACGGAGCUGCGCGUUGCCCUAUAUUCCCACUCCCCACUCCCUCACUCCGUCACUCACUCCCUCACUCCCUUACCCCCACACUCCGUCCUCGUCCCCCCUUCUGCUUCCCUCCCAACCCCCUCGUUUCAGGCGGACGAGUUGGCAGCGUCGAUCCGCGGGCGCCUCUCGGUGGACGAUGUGCAAGCAGUGGUGGGGGCAGCAGUGGGCAACGUGCAGGCGGAGCUGGUGCGCGCGCGCAGGCGGACUAAGCAGCUGUUGUCGCAGCUGGAGAUCAAAGACACGGAGCUGCGCGUGCGGCGCGAGGAGUGGGAGAAGGAGCGCGCAGCCAUGGUCGCCACGCUAGACGCGCUCGUUAGGAAGGGCACGCUCGGGCGGAGCGAGGCGGGGGAAGGGCGCGCAGGGGGAGCAGCGGGAGCAGGGGGAGCAGCAGGAGCGGUAGGGGACGGAGGAGAGGUGUUAGGCAGUGGAAAUAGCAUGGGAAGCGGGGGAAGCGGGGUUAUAGGAGGAUUGGCGCCUGUUGAGGCGAUGACACGUGGCAUGAGCCUGACAGACGCAAUGAUGAGGAUCUUAUCCCUAGAGGCGGCUGUAGCGCGGGCGGAGGAGGCGGAGCAGGCCACCUCCGUGCGGCUAGAGCGCGUUGCUGACGUGUUAGGGCGGGAGAUCGCGAAGCUUAGAAAGGACAAGAAGUCGAUCGAGAUCCGGGCGCAGAUGCUGACGUGGCGGCUGGAGAUGAUGCAGCAGAAGCUGGAGGGGCUGCUGGGCGGGCUGAUGGAGAUCCGGGGCGCGCUGAUUGGUGGAAAGGUGGAGCUGGGGGUACAGCUAUUGGAGGAGCUUGUGUUUGAUGUGGAGACGUGGACUAGGCAGGGGAGGAAGCUUAUGGAGAAAGAGAUUGCUGGGUGGGAGGGCGGGAAAGGGGCGGGGGGGAAAGGGGCUGGGGGAAGAGGGGAGAGUGACGGUAAGGGGGGGCAAGCGGGGAGGAAGGAGGAAGGGGAAGGGCGGGAGGGAGAAGGGGGUGAGGUGGGAGGGGCGGGAGGGGAGGGAGAGGGUGGUAGUGGGAGUGUGAGUGUGAGGGCUGGGUGGUGGAAGGAGGGUCCGCCGGGGGAGUGGAGUGUGUAUGAGGAGCGAGAGGGUGGACGGUUGGUGGAAUUGGGGGAGGAGAGGAGGGAGCAGGAGGAGAGGAGGAAGAAAGAGGAGGAGGAGAGGAAGAGAGAGGAGGAGAGGAAGAGGGAGGAGGAGAGGAGGAAGGUAGAGGAGGAGGAGGCGGCUAGGGAGGCAGAGGAGAGGGAGAGGCGGAGACUGCUUGAGGAGAGUGAGAAGGAGAAGGGGGGCGCAGUUGAAGAGGAGGAUGGGGAGGAAGUGAGUGAGGAGGAGGGGAAGGGUGAGAGUGAGAGGGAAGGAAGGCCAGUAGAGGUCCCUGUUCCACAGAGUGAUGACGUGGACCAAUCAAAAGGGGAUGCUGACGUGGGCCAAUCACGAGAAGAUGCUGACGUGCAGAUAGGUAACGGCGAGGCAGGAGAGGAGGGAGGUGGGGAGGAGGGUAGUGGAGAGGAGAGGAGUGGCGAGAAGGGGAGUGGCGAGGAGAGGAGUGGAGAGGAGGAGAGGAGUGGGGGGGUGAGUGAACCAGGGCAAGGGCAACAAAGCGGGGAGGAGGAGGGGAUGAAAGGGGAAGGGGCUGAAGGGGAAGCAGCUACUCAGGAGGAUGGGGAAGGGCGUAGAGAAGGGGAGAGGCGAGAGGGGGGUGAGGACGAGGAGGGUACGAGUGGAGGGGAGGAGAACGGUAGUGGUGAAGGAAAUGGGAAGGAGGGGAAUGGUGAGAAGUCGGAUGGUGGGGUAGCAGAAGACAUUGGUGAUAAGCCGGAUGGUGAGAAGCCGGAGAGUGAUAGCACAGCUGAGCCGGAGCAGGAGAGGGGAGUCGAGGAGGAGAGGGAGAGGGGCGUAGAGGAAGGGGACGGAGGGAAGGCAGAUAGCAAGGAAGGGAGGGAGGUAGGAGAGGAGGCGAAUGCAGUGGGAGGAGACAGUGAGACGGUAGAGUCGGGAGGGGAAGGACAUGAGGAGGUGCAAGUAGAGAAGGAGAGCAGUGGAGAGGGAUCGGGAGGGGUGCAAGAGGGUCUCAGUGACGAACCUGACGGUUCGUCUUCUGAAGGAGCUUCAAAGGAAGGACCGGAGGAGCAAAGGGAGCAAGAGGAAGGGGCGGCGGUGGAGGAGGAGCGGGCGGCAGGAGUGACACUGUACUAUGAGACAGGGUGGCAGGAGGUGUUUGUGCACUUCAGUGCGGACGGCGCUGGUUGGACUGAUGUGCCGGGGUCGAGAAUGGACGACUCGCCUCUCAUUGGCUCGAAUGGACUGCCCCUCAAGGUGAGAAUCCCAAGCUUCAAGCUUCGAAUGCCCUCUUCCCACCCUCUCCCCCCUUCCCCCUCUCUCUCCAGGUGA